AUUGCAUUUGUAUACGUGCCGAUACAAAGGUGCCGAUACAAAGGCUAAACCUCCGAUAACCAUCGCAACCAUCGCAUACGCCUGCGGGGGACCGUGCCGGUGUUGUCCCCGGGGACGACAGGGGCUUUCGUUUAGCUUGGAAUAUAACUGCAAAAAUGGCAAUUACAUAUGUCAAAAAAAGCUUCAUAAAGCUGUCUCAUGACAAGCAAGAUUCUUUACUCAAGAUGUCUAUCCUAACAAUCGCUGCGGUCUUGGCAUUCUCCAGCCGCUUGUUUUCGGUGCUUCGGUUUGAAGCAGUCAUUCAUGAAUUCGACCCUUACUUCAACUAUAGAACCACCAAAUAUCUAGCAGACGAAGGUUUCUACAAGUUUCACAACUGGUUUGAUGAUCGAGCAUGGUAUCCACUGGGCAGAAUUAUUGGAGGCACCAUCUACCCCGGCCUCAUGGUGACGUCGGCCGUGCUGUACCACCUGCUGCACUUCCUGCACGUGACGGUGGAGGUGCGGCACAUCUGCGUGUUCCUGGCGCCGCUCUUCUCCAGCCUGACCACGCUGGUGACGUACGCGCUGACGCGCGAGCUGCAGGACGCCGGCGCCGGCCUGGUGGCCGCCGCCCUGGUGGCCGUCGUGCCCGGCUACAUCUCGCGCUCGGUGGCCGGCAGCUACGACAACGAGGGCAUCGCCAUCUUCUGUAUGCUACUCACCUACCUGCUGUGGAUCCGCGCCGUCAAGACGGGCACCGUCUUCUGGUCGGCGCUGUGCGCCGUGGCCUACUUCUACAUGGUCUCCUCCUGGGGCGGCUACGUGUUCCUCAUCAACAUCAUCCCGCUGCACGUGCUGACGCUGAUGGUGAUGGGCCGCUUCUCGCACCGCGUCUACGUGGCCUACUCGGUGGUCUACUGUCUGGGCACCAUCCUCUCGAUGCAGAUCUCGUUCGUCGGCUUCCAGCCGGUGCAGAGCUCGGAGCACAUGGCCGCGCUCGGCGUGUUCGGCCUCUGCCAGCUGAUGGCAUUCGUUAACUACCUGCGCUCGCGGCUGAGCGCUGACCAGUUCGAGACGCUGCUGCGCAGCCUGCUGAGCCUGUGCGCCGCCCUGCUGGUGGGCGUCGCAGCCCUGCUCGCCGCCACCGACAAGAUCUCACCGUGGACAGGACGCUUCUACUCUCUGCUCGACCCGUCCUACGCCAAGAACCAUAUCCCGAUCAUCGCCUCCGUGUCGGAGCACCAGCCGACCGCCUGGAGCUCCUUCUACUUCGACUUCCAGGUGCUCAUGUUCCUGUUUCCGGUCGGCCUCUACUUCUGCUUCAGCAAGCUGGACGACGCCCGCGUGUUCAUCAUUCUGUACGCGGCGUCGGCGCUCUACUUCUCCGGCGUGAUGGUGCGUCUGAUGCUGGUGCUUGCACCGGUGAUGUGCAUCGUCUCCGGCAUCGCCGUCUCCAGCCUUCUGGCCGUCUACAUGCGCGAGAUCGUCACCAUUGAUCGCCAGAGCGCGCUGGGCGCCGACCGGAAAAAGUCCAAGUUCGAGGGCAACUACUUCUACCGCAGCGAGGUGGCCAACUUCUUCGUCUGCAUGAUGGCCGGCAUGUUGGUGUUCUACGGCUUCCACUGCACCUGGGUGACGUCUGAGGCGUACAGCUCGCCGUCGAUCGUGCUCUCGGCCAAGUACGACGGCGAGAGGAUCAUCUUUGACGACUUCCGCGAGGCGUACUACUGGCUGCGUCAGAACACCCCCGAAGACGCCAAGGUUAUGAGCUGGUGGGACUACGGAUAUCAGAUCACCUCAAUGGCCAACCGGACCAUCAUUGUCGACAACAACACCUGGAACAACACGCACAUCUCGCGCGUCGGCCAGGCCAUGGCCAGCAGCGAGCAGCACGCCUACGGAAUCAUGCGCGAACUCGACGUCGACUAUGUACUGGUCAUCUUCGGCGGGUUCACCGGCUACUCGAGUGACGACAUCGCCAAGUUUCUGUGGAUGGUGCGGAUUGGAGGCUCGACCGACCGCGGCGCGCAUAUCCAUGAGAAGGACUACUACACCCCGUCCGGAGAGUUCAGGAUUGAUGCCCAGGGCUCGCCGACCAUGCUCAACAGCCUGAUGUACAAGAUGUGCUACUACAGGUUUGGCCAGGUGUACACCGAGCGCAGCCGGCCGCCGGGCUGGGACCGCGUCCGUAACGCCGAGAUCGGCAACAAAAACUUCGAGCUGGACGUCCUGGAGGAGGCCUACACCACCGAACACUGGAUCGUCCGCAUCUACAAGGUCAAAGACCUGCCCAACCGAGGCUAGUGGGCCGGCCUAGCUGGGGCGCGGGCAGACAGGCAGAGCCGAGUGUUCGAAACUCGCUGCGUCACAGGGUUAACCAAUCGCAGCGCGCGCCGGCUCUCCGCGAGUGGGGUCGCGACUCGCCUAACCAAUCACAGUGCGCCGGGGCGGCUGGAUCAGCCAAUCAAAGGGGCAGGGAGGGCUGGAUCAGCCAAUCACGGUGCGCCAGGACGGCUGGAGCAGCCAAUCACACGGCAGGGCGGUGACGGACAGGCCAGCACAGUCAGUGGGACGCCGGGAGGCUCGCGGAUUGUGUGAUACUGCCAAGGUCUGCGAGUGCGCUGGCAAAUCAGGGGUUCGAGGGGACACGCUCGGUUCGGGGAUGUGGUGCGCACUGGGUGAUAGCCAUUCUGCUCUGCUGGUGUUAUUUCGAGUACUUAUGCCAGUGUACCGUGGGGCGCGAUCUUCAGCCGCUUGCGCCCAGCCAAUGCCUGACAGGUUACACAGGGGCCUAGCUCCUGAAAACGAGUGUAUCCAGAGUGCUGAUAUGGCCUUUGAACACGCUAAUCCAUAGCUUACACGUUACUCAAAUACCUGCGGGAAAUGUUUGUCGUAUUUCGCUUGUAUUGUUUAUCUGUUCCGUUGCAGUUUCCCGCUGUCGCACACGUCUUUCCCGCCCGUGAUCACGCGCUGCCUUACUCUUUUCCGAUCAAAGUUUUGCUUAUGUUGUAACCAUGCCGCUUUCGUGGCCGCUUAUUUUGGAGAAAUAUGCUAUCAGUUGAUUUUUCCGCUACUGCUUAAGAGAGUUCUCAGCGUCGUUAGACGUGGAUGGCCGCUUGUUCGCACGAGUGUCUGGUGUGAGUUCAUUCCAUUUACCACCGCUGCGGCUGCCCGGAGGUGGUGUGCGUUCAGUCUGGAGUUGCCCGUCAGCCUGUCUGUGCCGGUUGUGACGCGAUUCGUUCGGUGUGCUCAGUGUCGGUGUGCCUAUUUGCCUUUGCGCCAGACGAGACCGUCGUCGGACUCAUCAGUCUUCAGUGGCCUGACGCUGGAAGGCGAACGGCAGGGACUUGCCCGGGGCGCCCCUGGCGGCCGUUCGGUGAACCAUUAGUUACAACUGCUGCCGUCGGAUACCGCCAGUAUCGCCCAUUGCUGCUCGGCGAGCUGCGUCCACCCAGCCGGCCGGGGAGACUGCACCGCGCCCACCGCUCGAGCUGUUCUCCCCCGGGCCAUCGGCACUGUACAGGCGACAUGAAUAAAGCGAGCUGGCAUU